AAUAAUUAUGCAUUAAGGAUAGAGAUUAAAAGAAGCUACUGAAGGAUAGAUAGUAUAAGCUGGAAAUAAAAUUGGAGGUGCUUUUAAAAUAGGAAAGCCUGUAUAUUAAGAGAAGAGAUUGAAAUUGUUUAAUGAAAUAUAUCAACGCUAAAAGGCAGAACAAGAAGCUAAAGAGAAGACCCCAAUCACAAUAACUCUAAAGGAUGGAAAGAAAAUAGAAGGUUUGUAUAUUUAAAUAUAUAUAAAUAGGUAAAAAGUGGGUUACUACUCCAUUAAUGAUUGCUGUAGGAAUAAGUAAAAAAUUGGCUGAAAACAUGGUGGCUGCAAAAGUGGUGUAUGAUAGUAUAUUUGAGAAAAGUAUGAAUAUAUAUAUAUGAUGAAAUAGAUUUCGUUGAUGUAGAUCAUGAAGAUUAAUAAUAAUCAGCAUCUUCAUUAAAUUUGAAGCCAGAUUACUUGAUUUGGGAUUUGAGUAGACCAUUGGAAGGUGAUUGUUAAUUAGAAUUGUUAAGUUUCGAUGAUAAUAAUGGAAAGGAAGUAUUUUGGCACUCAUCUGCUCACAUUUUGGGAUCAGCAUUGGAAGAAGUUUAUGGAUGUCAUUUAUGUAUUGGUCCUGCAAUAGAUGGUGGAUUCUUCUAUGAUAGUUAUAUAGGAGAUUACAAGGUUACUUAGAAUGAUUAUGUGAAAAUAGAAAAGGCAGCUAUGGAUUUAGUAGGAUAGAAAUAAGAAUUUUAAAGAGCUGUCUUAACCAAAGAUGAAUGGUAAAAUUGAUAUAUAAUAAAUAUUAAAGUUUAGAAUUGUUUGGUACUAAUCCAUUUAAGAGAUAAUUGAUAACUAAUAAGAUUCCUGAUGGUGCUAUGACUACUGCUUAUAGAUGUGGUAAUUUGAUUGAUUUAUGUACUGGUCCUCAUUUACCUAAUACUAGCUAUGUUAAGGCAUUUUAAGUAACUAAGAACUCAGCUGCUUAUUGGUUGGGUAAGAAUACUAAUGAUGAUUUGUAAAGAGUUUAUGGUGUUUCCUUCCCUAGUAAAAAAUUAUUAGAUGAAUAUGUCAAAAUUUAAAAAGAAUUAGCUUUAAGAGAUCACAGAAAUGUUGGAAAGAAGUAGAAUUUAUAUCUAUUUCAUCAAUUAUCCCCUGGAUCAGCCUUCUUUUAUCCCAGUGGUGCUCAUAUUUAUAACACUCUUAUGAACUUUUUAAGAAGAUAAUAUUAUAUAAGAGGAUAUUAAGAAGUUAUUUCACCUAAUAUUUUCAAUGCUCAACUCUGGAAAAUAAGUGGUCAUUAUGAUAAAUAUAAGGAGAAUUUGUUCUUCAUUAAUAUGGGAGAAGAAGGAGAAUAUGGAUUAAAACCGAUGAAUUGUCCAGGACAUUGUUUAAUGUUUGAUAUGAUUCAACACAGUUAUAGAGAUUUACCUGUUAGAUUUGCGGAUUUUGGUGUCUUACAUAGAAAUGAGGUACAUGGUGCUUUAAGUGGAUUGACUAGAGUUAGACGUUUCUAAUAAGAUGAUGCACAUAUUUUCUGUAGAAUGGAUCAAAUUUAGGAAGAAAUCAAAAGUUGUCUUGACUUUUUAAGUUAUAUAUAUUCACUCUUUGGAUUUGAAUUCAAAUUAUAUUUAAGUACUCGUCCUGAGAAAUUCUUGGGAACAAAAGAAGUUUGGGAUAAUGCAGAAUAUUAAUUAGAAUAAGGAUUAAAGAAAUUUGGAAAAAGUUUUGAAGUAAAUCCUGGAGAUGGUGCUUUUUAUGGACCUAAAAUUGAUGUCAAAUUAUAUGAUGCUUAUAAGAGAGAACAUUAAUGUGGUACUAUCUAAUUAGAUUUUAAUUUACCUGAAAGAUUUAAUUUAUAAUAUAGAGCAAGUGAAGAUGUUUAAGAAGUAUAAAAAGAUAAAGAAUAAGUUCAUAAUGAAUAAGUUUAGGUAGCCUAAGAAAUUAUAGAUGUUGUUCGAAAGGCAUCUCAUCAUUCAGACCCUGACAUCAUAUCUACUCCUCCUUAACAUCCACAAUAAUAGCCUGUUGAGAUUCCACCUAUAGAUAAUGCUGCAUAAGAUAAAAAUUUUAAAAAAUAAAAAAAGUAAUAAAAUUAACAAUAAUAAUAAUAAUAAUAAUAAUAAUAACAAUAAAAAUUACCUAAUAAAACAAAAUUAUCUGAGGAGAUAUUUGAAUCUGGUUCAAGCCAAGGAUUAUCGCAACAUGAAUUACACAAAGUUUUACAUGGUAUUUAUUCAAUCAUACUUCUUAGAAAAAAAAUAUGAAUUAGGAUAUCAUCAUUUGAAGGCAGGUUUUGCAAGACCAGUAAUAGUUCAUAGAGCUAUUUUGGGAUCUUUAGAAAGAAUGAUUGCUGUUUUGACUGAAUAAUGCGGAGGAAAGUGGCCAUUUUGGUUAUCUCCUAAAUAAUUAGUCUUAUGUCCAGUCUCUGCUUAUUAUAAGGAUGUUGCAGAAAAGAUAUCUGCUAGACUUAGACUUGAAGGAUAUACUGUUGCUACUGAUGAAUCAGAUUAAACUCUAGCCAAAAAGGUUCGUAAUGCUUAAAUUUCAUAUUAUAACUUUGUUGGAGUUAUUGGAGAAGAAGAAGUACGUGCAGGUGUUAUUGAUGUCAGAGAUUGUGAAAAAAAUACCAGAAUCGUAAUAAUUUAUUAUUUAUAUCAUUCUAGGGUAAAUUAACUAUUCCAUAAUUGUGCAAAUUCUUUGACUCCUUAAAACCACCUAAAUCUAAUGUAGAAAUUGAUAUACAUGAACAUGAUGAUUCUCAUUUAAAGUUGAAUGAAGAAUUAUAAGAAAAAAUGUUUUUACAUGGAGAUGGUUUUGCUGUUGGAUAAAGAGAUUUUGAUGAAUUUGCUAAAAUUAAAGAUAUUGAUCCUGCUCUUUAGAAUUUGGUUAGAUGGCAUAAAUAUAUGAGUCAUUUAGCUAAAAAAGAUUAAGCACCAGAAUAAGUUCAAUAAGAGGAAUAAGUAGAAUAAAAAGAAAAAUAAGAAUGAAA